AGGAUUUGGAUAUAAAAGUUGCCAUCAAACCUGCUGUCGAUCGUUGCUGAAAUCAUCAUCCUCACACUCACGCAGCUCACAAUCCAACCACCUCGCCGCAAAAGCCGCGUCUUCUCCAUCAUCCUCGCAUUCUUCUCGUUCCUUCUCAGAGUCACCAUGAAGUUCGUCGUUCUCGCCGCCUUCUUCCAGGCCGUGGCCUUCUCGGUCACCAGCGCCUACCCGAUCACGGGCAACGGCGUCAACUGCCGCUCCGGCCCCGGCACCAGCCACGCAGUCAAGAAGGUGUACGCCAAGGGCACCGACAUCAAGGUGACCUGCCAGACCGAGGGCACGUCCAUCAACGGCAACAGCAUCUGGGACAAGACGUCGGACGGCUGCUACGUGGCCGACUACUACGUCAAGACGGGCAGCAACAGCUACGUGACCAAGAAGUGCUCGAGCGGCGGCAGCAGCGGCGGCAGCGGGAGCGGCAAGGUCCCGGGCCCCGUCGAGAACGACUACCCGUACAAGGGGAGCUGCGGCGGCGUCGACCAGUGGAACUACUACAAAUGUCAAUGCACGAGCUUCGUGGCGUGGCGCAUCAAUUCGCGGCUGGGCAUCCACUUCACGAACCAGUACAAGGGCUACAACUGGGGCAACGCCAACACGUGGGACGAGGCGGCGCGCCACACGGGCGUCAAGAUCAACAGCACGCCCGUGCCGGGCUGCAUCGCCCAGACCAACGCCGGCAGCGCCGGCCACGUCGCCUGGGUCGCCGCCGUCGGCAAGGACACCGUCACCGUCGAGGAGUACAACUACGCGACAAGGGAGGGCUACGGCAAGCGGACCGUGCCCAAGAACUCGUUCAACUACAUCCACAUCAAGGUUUGAGUUCUUUUGGAAAUGCGGUUCUGAGGGGGAUGUAGAGGAGGGAGGAUAAGGAGGUAGGGAGGGUUUCAACACAACUUGUUUUCUUGUGCUUUUGCCUUUCUUUCUGCUUCUUGUAUUGUAUCUAGUUUUGGAAAAAUUGCUUGUUAUAGAGGGAUGGAGGAAUAGAGUCGUCCUUCGUCGUCC